AUGGUGAAGUUAACGACAGAUCUUGUUGAGGGUGCUAUGCAGCACACAAAUCCUUUAAAGGAUCGUGAAUUAGAUUUGCGGGGUUAUAAAGUUCCGGCAAUUGAGAAUCUGGGUAGCACUCUCGACCAGUUUGACACUUUGGACUUUACUGACAAUGAAAUACGCAAGUUGGAUGGUUUUCCACUGCUUUUGAGGUUAAAGGCCCUUAUCCUAACGGAGAACAAGGUAACCACUUUUAUAAAAUGGUUUGCUUUCUUUUUGUGUUGUGGUUUUCCGUUUGGUACCUGUUAUCAUUUGCCGCCAAAUUUCAACCGCCUUAUUCUGUCUCCUUUUGGAUUUGAAAACUUCUAUCUCUCCUUCUAA